GCUCCUGGGAGGCGGAAGUGCCUCAAAGAAGGGGGGGCCCUUGGAGGGGUGUGCGGGAGAGGCCUGGGGGAGGAGCUUGAGGCCAGCUGCUAUCCGGCUCUUGCCAGCAAUCGGGUCCAAGUCUGUGGUAUUGUCGUAUCUCCGUGUGUACAUCGCCUGCUACAGAGACCGGUGGCCCGUUUGCCUGGCAGGAGAAGCCGCCCGCGCGAGCGGCCUCGGGGAAUGGAAGCGGAGAACGCGGGCAGCUAUUCCCUUCAGCCAGCUCCAGCUUUUUAUACCUUUCCAUUUCAACAAAUGAUGGCUGAAGCUCCCAGUUUGGCAGUUCUGAGUGAACAGCAAAUGCCAGCAGAAGUUCCAGCCCCAGCUCCUGCUGAAGAACCUGUACAAGAGCCUCCAAAAGGAAGGAAAAGAAAAUCCAGAACAACAGAACCAAAAAAACCAGUGGAACCCAAAAAACCUGCUGAGUCAAAAAAAUCUGGCAAAUCCACAAAAUCAAAAGACAAGCAAGAAAAAAUUACAGACACGUUUAAAGUGAAAAGAAAAGUGGACCGUUUUAAUGGUGUUUCAGAAGCUGAACUUUUGACCAAGACUCUCCCUGAUAUUUUGACCUUCAAUCUGGACAUUGUCAUUAUUGGCAUAAACCCAGGACUCAUGGCUGCUUACAAAGGGCAUCAUUACCCUGGACCUGGAAACCAUUUCUGGAAGUGUUUGUUUAUGUCAGGGCUGAGUGAGGUCCAGCUGAGUCAUAUGGAUGACCACACUUUACCAGGAAAGUAUGGUAUUGGGUUUACCAAUAUGGUGGAAAGGACAACGCCAGGCAGCAAAGAUCUUUCUAGUAAAGAAUUCCGUGAAGGAGGACGUAUUCUAGUACAGAAAUUACAGAAAUAUCAGCCACGAAUAGCAGUGUUUAAUGGAAAAUGUAUUUAUGAAAUUUUUAGUAAAGAAGUUUUUGGAGUAAAGGUUAAGAACUUGGAAUUUGGGCUUCAGCCCCAUAAGAUCCCAGACACAGAAACUCUCUGUUAUGUUAUGCCAUCAUCCAGUGCAAGAUGUGCUCAGUUUCCUCGAGCCCAGGACAAAGUUCAUUACUACAUUAAGUUGAAGGACUUACGAGAUCAGUUGAAAGGCAUUGAACGAAAUACAGACGUUCAAGAGGUGCAAUAUACAUUUGACCUACAGCUUGCCCAAGAGGAUGCAAAGAAGAUGGCUGUUAAGGAAGAAAAAUAUGAUCCAGGUUACGAAGCAGCAUAUGGUGGUGCUUAUAAUGAAAAUCCAUGCAAUAGUGAACCCUGCAGCUUCUCUUCAAAUGGGCUAACAGCUGACAGUGCUGAGUUAACAGGAGAAUCAGCUCUCCGUAACAUUCCAAAUGGGCAGUGGAUGACCCAGUCCUUUACAGACCAGAUUCCUUCCUUUCAUAAUCAUUGUGGAACUCAAGAACAGGAAGAAGGAAAUCAUGCUUAAGAAUGGCGUUGCUCAGCUCUGCUUCAAUGCUGCAGUUUUAAUGCAGUUGUCAAGAAGUAGAACCUCAGUUUGCUAACUGAAGUACUUUAUUAGUAUUUUACUCUAGUGGUGUAAUUACAGUACAGAACAGUUGUAUGGUAGUAUGAACUCUAUGAACCUAAGUAGCUUGGAAGAAAAAAGUAGGGUUUUUGUAUAUGAGUUUUUGUAUCAUUCCAGCUUUUUAUAUACUAUAUUUCAUUUAUGAAGAAAUUCAUAAUUUCUUUCGGGAGUCACUUUUGUUCUGUAAUUUUAAAAUACAACAGUCGGGAUAUUUAUAGUUGAGUCUUAACUGUCCGUACACCCAGAUAUACCGUUAGCCCUUUUAUGUCUAAGAAGGGGGGUGCUAAUAACAAUUACCACAGGUAAAGAGGCAAAGGUGCUGGUUUUCAUAUAUGAAGUUAACUGUCAGUGGAGUCUCAUUUGUUACAUUUUAGAGCUCCUUGAAUCAUACGCACACUCUGACCUCUUUGCUUUACCGCUGGUGAGUGUUUGUGAGAGUUGCUUAGUAGUAGAAAUGUAGAGUGUGGCCUUGCAGUAGCAAAGCUAGCCUGCCCUUACCUGACAGGGCACUGGGCCCUGGCUUUGGCCUCCUCACUCCUGUGUGUUAAUCCUUGAAUAGGCAGUAACUAUUCUGGGAUGGUAGGUUCCAGAGAAUGCAUAGACCUUUUACAUUUUGUUACUCAUCUCUGUUUUACUUGAGACACAUAAAUUUGAUAGAGAAGGAACUGAAUUUCUCUGUCAGUAUUUAUUACCAUUUUAAUUUUAUCCUCCUUGGCUUUAAGGAUGUGACAUGGAAAGUGAUAAGAAAUGAACUUUUCAGGCUGAGCAAGAAGAUAGUGGAGGUGUUUGAUAAUCUUAUUUAAACUGGUGCUUUAUAUAAAGUACAUGAGAUGUACUAAAAUAGAUAAUACAGAAUUUUUCUUGCUAGGUAAAUCUAAUAAGCCAAUAAUUUUAAAAAUUUUUUCUAUUUGCUGUUCGUUACUGUGGACUAAGUGAACCUCAUGGAAAGGUUGGUUUGAAUUAUGUACCUUUGUGAUUUUCUAAUGCAUUUUCCAUGGUGCUACAGUAGUCCAGACUACUAGGUCUGAUACGUAUUAAAGCUGGGUAUUCAGAAAUGCCAUUUGCAUUUACUCCUAAUCACUCUUGAAUAUUCAGAUUUCAUAUAUACCCAGGGAGCAUGCUGUUUUUUCAAUAUAAAAUAUUUAUGAGGUUUUUAUCCACCGGGAGGUUAUAUAGCUUGUUCUUCUCUUAAUAGUAAGAGAAAAAAAUUGUUGUGAAUCUUAACAUGCUUUUUAGCUGUAGCUAUGAUGGAUUUUAUUUUUCCUAAGGUCUGGGUCAAGCUGUGUAAAAGUCAUUUAUGUUAUUUAAAUGAUGUACUGUACUGCUGUUUACAUGGACCUUUUGUGCGGGUGCUUUGAAGUGCCUUGCAUCAGGGAUUAGGAGUAACUGAAUUAUUUUUUCAUGGGACUAUGUGAAGCAUGUAACUGGGUAUUGCUUUGGUAUAUAACUAUGGUAGCUUUACAUAGACUUUUUUAUGUGAAUGAGGAAAAUACCCUUUAAAUUAUGGCAGACACUCACUAGAGAAUGUGUUUGAGGAUUUUCCAAGCAUACAAUAAUGGUGUUUUUCGUUAAACAUGACAGAUUAGUAGUAAAUGUUGAUAUAUCCUGUACAUGACAGUAUGAGACAUUAUCAUUAAAUAAUAUUGAAAGGUUUUAAAGUUCAUUUGAAAGUCUGAUGGUUUUUACAAUCAAAAAUAAUAAGAAUGGUUAUCCUUAA